AUGUUCAUUCUCACCAAAAUUGCCGAUUUAGUCCAGAUCGCGCCUCAAGAUUUGGGAAAGAAUGCUAGUCAAGCAAUUGAGGAUAAUAUCAAUCUUAAAUAUGCCAACAAAGUGAUUCAAAAGAUUGGUCUUUCAGUUGAAUUCCGAAUUGUUGUAUUCAGACCGUUCAAAUUUGAAAUUAUGACAGGGAGAAUCAGUAGCUCUAUUGAGAGUGGUAUUAGAGUUCGUACUCAUUUCUUCGAUGAAAUUUUCGUUCCCGCAAAAAUGCUACCAGAUGGUUCACACUUUGACCAUAACGAGCAAGUCUUUGUCUGGCAGACCGAAGACGGUACACAACUUUUCUUCGAUAACCAGGAAACAGUGCGAUUUCGGGUGGAUUCUGAGCAAUGGAAUGAUCAAGCACCAUUGGGCCCCGACAAGCAAGAUGAGAAUGAGGAAUCACGAGUAGUUGAAUCACCUUAUAAAAUAGUAGCUUCGAUGGAAGAGGUUGGAUUAGGGCCUUGCUUAUGGUGGGACUAG